GGUCAUGUCGCCUCCAAACCGCAAAACUAGCAUCAGCAGCGGGAGCAGCGCCAUUUCCGCUCGUCAGAAUCGCGCCAGCAAUUCGAACUUACGUCCCGUUCUCCAGCAGCAUCCCCCUCAGCACCCGCCACGUCAGCCACCGUACCCUAGUCCCCCCUAUCCGCCAGGUCCCCCGUACCCGCAAGGUCCGCCUUACUCGCAAGGCCCGCCAUACCCCCCGCAGCAGCACCCGCCCGCGCCCUACCCCACCCCUUAUUCUCAUCCUAGCGCGCACCCGCACGGGCCGCCUCCCUUCCCGCCCUAUGCGAACGGCCCUCCCCCGCCCCCGGCCCCGCAAAUUACGGCCCGCAUUACCCGCUUCCCGCUGGCGCGGGCCCUCCGCCGUACGCACGCGGAUCUCGCGGCGGGCCCUCCGUCGGGGAAGAUGGUUACGGAUCGGACGGCCCGUUACACGGUUACACGUCGGACGAGCCGCCGUUUCGCCGCGGCGGCGCGUACGGUCGUGGCGCGAAUGGCAGCCCUAUGGCGGCGCCGCCGAGAUUAGUGUCCUCAAAGGGCCGCGCGACUCGGCAAUGGUGCGGCGGCAGAUUAUGCUCGCCGUCGCGCCUGCUUCUAAUCUUCAUCCCCGCUUUAGUGUUCUUCUUUAUAAUGAGCGGGCGGAGUCCCGAGAAUUCGCGCAAGGUAGAAGCGGAGGUGUGGGGAGGGGCGGAGGGUGUGGGUGCGUGGCUCGCGGGCGCAGGCGGGGCGGAAGCGCGCGCAGGCGUAGGAGCAGGCGCAGGCGCAGGGGGGGAGAAGGAUUUGCGGAGGGUGCGGUGGAGCAGCGAGGUGGAGGCGGGGGUGGUCGCGGGGGCGGUGGAGAAGGGCUUUAAGAUGGAUCUUAGCACUGCGCGGACUAAACUCCGCACAGAUGCUGACGUGGAGGGGGCCAACAUCGACCACAACAACUCCAUCACCAACCCCUGCUUGACACGUCACUCGCUGCUGCAGCGGGCCUAUCAGGAGGCGCCACCUGGCGCGCUCUCAGCGCUCGGCCAGCCGCGAUUCGUCCAGCGCAGCGGGUACCGGCUGUCGGCCAAUGAGUUCGCAGCAAUCGGGAUGAGCCUACGAGUCAUCAGAGAGAAUGGGGAUGACGGGCUGGGCCACUGCUACUGGGUGGGGCGGGACGGGCGGCAUUUGCAGGGCAGGCUGAGGGGAAUUUACCCUGGAGAACACCAUUUAUUGAUGUAUGAGACGGCAGUGUACCACUGUAGACUCAUGGCGGAAACCACAGGGGAUGGUGGUGGCACUGCAAUGAUCCAACUAGACCGUAUGGAUGUGCCCAUCUACAGUGAACCGCCUGCACCAGCAUCAGCCCUCUCCUCCCUGCUCCCCGCACACCCUCACGGGCAAGCACAUGCCACCCACGCAUGCCGCCACGCAUGCCCCGGCCCAUGGCAAUAAACGGAACGCCACACAACCGCAUAAACAAGGCUACGGCUUCACGCAUUGGCAAGCGAUUGGGCAUGGGCCAUCUUUUGAGUACAAUCUGGCCUUCUGCUCGUUCCCCAUGUACCGGGACCUCAACCCCUCCGCGCUGCACGUGUGGCUGCAGGUGCGUUCUCCCCUCCCUUUUUUCUCUCCCCUUCUCUUUCACUACCCUCGCUCUCCUGCUCGUCUCCCCUCCUCCCUCUCUUGCUACCCGAGAGCUCAAUCGUUCCACUCUUAACGCAUUCUCCACGCAACACAUGUGGGCUGCAACUGCAAUGUCCAUCCCUCCCAUCAGCCAUGCCAUGCCAUGCCAUGCCAUGCCAUCCCAUGCCUUGCCAUGCCAUCCCAUGCCAUGACAUGCCAUGCCAUGCCAUGCCAUCCCAUGCCUUGCCAUGCCGUGCCAUGCCAUCCCAUGCCUUGCCAUGCUGUGCCAUGCCAUCCCAUGCCUUGCCAUGCCGUGCCAUGCCAUCCCAUGCCAUGCCAUGCCAUGCCUUGCCAUGCCUCUCUCUAACCUUCCUCCCACCUAACUCCAUCGCACCCUGCUCUUCCUACCACCAUCCCAAGGUGAAGGUAGCGGCCCCAUCUCUCAUCUCUUUCCCCAGAAGUAUUCUAGAUGCCUCUCCCUCAUGCCUCCCAUGCCUCUCCCUCAUGCCUCUCCCUCAUGCCUCUCCCUCAUGCCUUCCAUGCCUCUCCCUCAUGCCUCCCAUGCCUCUCCCUCAUGCCUCUCCCUCAUGCCUCCCAUGCCUCUCCCUCAUGCCUCCCAUGCCUCUCCACUUUUUUCGGGUGCCUUUUUGUGUUGCCUUCUGAGUCAAGUCAAAAGUCCCAUCUCUCGUUUGCCAUCUCUCGUUUGCCAUCUCUCGUUUGCCAUCUCUCGUUUGCCAUCUCUCGUUUGCCAUCUCUCGUUUCCCAUCUCUCGUUUCCCAUCUCUCGUUUCCCAUCUCUCGUUUCCCAUCUCUCGUUUCCCAUCUCUCGUUUCCCAUCUCUCGUUUGCCAUCUCUCGUUUGCCAUCUCUCGUUUGCCAUCUCUCGUUUGCCAUCUCUCGUUUCCCAUCUCUCGUUUCCCAUCUCUCGUUUCCCAUCUCUCGU